AUGUCUACAUUUAAUACAAAAUGGCCGAGAAACAUGGACAACAAUCCAUAAAUAAAAAUAAAUCGAAAAAUAUUAAUGCUAUGAAAACAGUAUUUCCGAAUAAUAAUUUCGUUGGUAGAAAACGCCAACCUACUAGAUUAAAUUAUCAAACAAAGCUACACGUAUGUGUGACAAAAAGAACAUCUUUUAAGAUGACAUUAAACAGCAUAAUGAUGAUCACAAUGGUGAAAUGAACUUUAGACGUAAUUCUGCCAUACAUAUACGUAUAUUUAGGAAGGAACCCGUUGGAAUAAUAUCCACAAAAAAAACAAAAUAUGGUCUAUAAAUUACCAAAGCAAGCAAUAUUUGUAUAAUUGUAUUGAAUAUAUUAAGCAGAAGUAUUUUUCAAGUUAGUUAAUUAUUUGUUUAUUUUUAUUACGGCGCAAUGAUUUUUUCUUUACAUGAAUUAGUACACUGGUUAGGUUUAACUAUUUUUGAAAUAUGGAUUAAUUUAAUAUCGUUAACGAUAUUUACUAUUCUAUUAGCUUUAAAAUUAGAUGAUAAUUAUUUUUUGGAAAAUACAGGAUGGUGGGUUGUUUUCUCGCCAUUGUUUAUAGCUGACGGUUUUAAUACAUAUUUUUGCGCUAUUAUAUUCAUACGUAUGCAUAUGGAAGGAAUGAUUCAGGUUGCUAUAUUAAGAGCAUUAUGGAGUUUAAUAUCGUUAUUGCUAAUAUUUGUAUUUAAAUAUCUCUUAUGUAAAAAGCUUUCUGGUCAAAGUACUUUAGAGUACUCCGAAGUAUUAAGUCCUGUUUUUAUUCUUUUACAACUAAUCGCUGUUAGAGCAUGUCAACUUCACUGACCUAAAGAAAAGAAAGAAGUAUUCAUGAUUUUACAAUAGAGUUUCCAUCUCAAUCAUUUACAAUAUACGAUAUUGCAUAUAAUGUAUUUUCUUAUAAUGUUUAAUUUUAGGGAAUUAAAAAAUAAUUGUAGUUGUACAUUUUAAAUAUAAUUUUUGGGCUUUCAAAUAUUUUUAUGCUAUUAAUAGAAUAAUUUAAUCUUUAAUAUUAAUUUGUUAUUAUAAUCUUUAAUAAAAUUGUUUAUAUAUAUUUUCAUGAUAAUUAAUUAUGUCUUUCACAUAUACAUUUUUGCUAAACAAAUACUCUACAAUUUUUCCAUUGUAUUAUGUAGUUACAAACAAAAAGUUUCUUAUGUAUAAUAUAUAAAGUAAUAAUUUUAAAAA